CCCCAAAUGGCCUCCUCUAUGACAUACACUCUCCUCCUCUUAACCCUCCUCAUGGUCAUCUCAACCACCUUCAUUCCAAUUAAUGGAAAAUUUUCGGAACAAUUCGCCGAAACCAAGGCCAAGUCUCAUGUCAACAACAUGAUCCAUCUCCAUUUCUACUUCCAUGACAUAGUCAGUGGAAAACAUCCAACUGCUGUGAGAAUUUCCGGGCCUAAAAACGCUUUUGGUGCCACCGCGAUGAUUGAUGAUCCUUUAACUGAAGGGCUCAAGCCUGGUUCCAAACUUGUGGGAAGAGCUCAGGGAAUGUAUGCCUUGGCUUCCCAACAUGAUACAGCUCUGCUUAUGGUUAUGAAUUUUGCUUUUCUGGAAGGUAAGUUUAAUGGGAGUGCACUUAGCAUUUUCGGGCGCAAUCGAGUGUUUGAUAUGGUGAGGGAGAUGCCCAUUGUUGGUGGCAGUGGGCUUUUCCGACUGGCUCGAGGUUACGCAUUGGCGAAGACGGUGAGAAUUGAACAGAAAACUGGAGAUGCUGUAGUGGAAUACAAUGUGUUUGUAGUGCUUGCUUAAGGCAUUCUAGUAUGUUUUGAGUGAAAACAUUUUAAAGACUAGCUAUGCAUUCUGAGUUGCAUGCUAAUAUGUCUCAUGGCAACUUUUCCUCUCAUGUCUCUAGCAGAAUUGUGGUAGGGCAUCAAUUUCAGUAAGGUUACAAAUGAACCGAACUAUUGAUAAAGCUCAAGACAUGGUCGAAUAAAAGUUCAUUCAUUUAUGGAGUGAACAAAGCUCGAACUCUGAGCUAAGUUUAAUCUUGAAUACACGC